UGCCGCCAUUUUGUGUGUGUGUCCGUGACGCCCCCCCCUCUCCCCGGUCUCCCCUCACAGCCCGUGCUUUGGGAGGGAGCCUCCUUUUAGACUACCACAAUGACGGCGGAAGAGACAGUGAAUGUAAAAGAAGCUGAAAUAGUCAAAUUAAUAUUGGAUUUCUUGAAUGCAAGAAAACUUCAUAUCAGUAUGCUGGCUCUGGAGAAAGAAAGUGGAGUAAUAAAUGGACUAUUCUCAGAUGAUAUGCUUUUCUUAAGACAGUUGAUCCUUGAUGGUCAGUGGGAUGAGGUUCUUCAGUUUAUCCAGCCUCUUGAGUGUAUGGACAAAUUUGACAAGAAAAGGUUUCGCUAUAUCGUACUGAAGCAGAAGUUUUUAGAAGCCUUAUGUGUAAACAAUGCAAUGUCUGCAGAAGAUGAGCCUCAGCACAUGGAAUUUACAAUGCAAGAAGCUGUGCAGUGCCUACAUGCUCUAGAAGAGUAUUGUCCUUCUAAAGAUGACUACAGCAAAUUGUGUUUACUUCUCACAUUGCCUCGUCUGACCAAUCAUGCAGAAUUCAAAGACUGGAACCCCAGCACUGCACGUGUUCACUGUUUUGAAGAGGCUUGUGUCAUGGUGGCAGAGUUCAUUCCUGCUGAUAGAAAACUUAGUGAGGCUGGAUUUAAAGCAAGCAACAAUCGUUUAUUUCAGCUUGUAAUGAAGGGGCUAUUGUAUGAAUGUUGUGUGGAGUUCUGUCAGAGUAAAGCAACAGGAGAAGAAAUUACAGAGAGCGAAGUGUUGCUCGGCAUUGACCUUUUAUGUGGUAAUGGGUGCGAUGACUUGGACCUUAGUUUGUUGUCAUGGCUUCAGAAUCUGCCCUCUACUGUUUUUUCUUGUGCUUUUGAACAAAAGAUGCUUAAUAUUCAUGUUGAUAAACUCCUAAAACCUACAAAAGCCGCCUAUGCUGAUCUCUUGACACCUCUCAUCAGCAAACUUUCUCCUUAUCCAUCAUCACCCAUGAGGAGGCCUCAAUCUGCUGAUGCUUAUAUGACACGUUCCUUAAACCCUGCUUUGGACGGACUCUCCUGUGGAUUAACCAACCAUGAUAAGCGCAUCACAGAUCUUGGGACAAAAGCAUCUCCCAUGUCUCACUCCUUUGCUAACUUCCAUUACCCAGGAGUACAGAAUCUUACUCGAAGUCUAAUGCUGGAGAAUACAGAUUGCCACAGCAUUUAUGAAGAGUCACCUGAGCGAUGUGACACUCCUGUGGAUUCUCAGCACUCAUUUGGCAAUGAGACUGUGUGCCAGAACUCAGUUCCAGAAAAAGAGCCAGCAAAUGGAACACAGGCUCAAGGAUCAGCCAAGCAAGAAAAAAAUGAGCUUCGUGAUUCAACAGAACAAUUUCAGGAAUAUUACAGACAGCGUUUACGGUACCAGCAGCACUUAGAACAGAAGGAGCAACAGCGACAACUGUAUCAGCAAAUGUUAUUGGAAGGAGGUGUAAACCAAGAGGAUGGCUCAGAUGCACAACAGAAUCUUACAGAGCAGUUUCUUAACAGGUCUAUCCAGAAGCUGGGGGAGUUAAACAUGGGUAUGGACAGUCUGGGAAACGAUGUGCAGACACUGAGCCAGCAUUGUAAUGGGAGCAAAGGAAAUGUAUCCAUUCCUCCAGAUUCUAGUCAGAGAAUAGCGAACGAAAAUGCAAAUAUUAAUACAAGCACACCUCAAAAAAAUGGCUCCUCUAAUCAAAUGCCCUCUCUUGAAGCGUCACCUGUCCAUGGAAAUCAAAUAAUACCAGAGCAUGCUGCCAUUCAGGCGCAACAUGAAGAUUCUACAGGGAAUCUAACAAGAACAAGAGUUGAUGAGGAUGACAAAUCAAAAAAGCAAUUCAUUUGUGUCAAUACCCUAGAAGAUACACAAGCUGUCAGAGCUGUGGCUUUUCACCCGAGUGGUACUCUGUAUGCUGUUGGCUCAAAUUCCAAAACUUUGAGAGUGUGUGCCUAUCCAGAGCUCCCAGACUCAAGCUCCUCCUCUGCCGUUCCUCGAAAACUGGUAUUUGACUUAGGAAUAUCUUCGCUCUCUUCCUCUGUAAAGAUCACAACAAAUGGUAGUAACACUCCUAAACAGCCAGUAGUUCGUUUCAAACGGAACAAACAUCACAAAGGAUCAAUCUAUUGUGUGGCAUGGAGUCCUUGUGGACAAUUGUUGGCUACUGGUUCCAACGACAAAUAUGUUAAAGUGCUACCUUUCAAUGCAGACACCUGUAAUGCAACAGGCCCAGAUUUGGAAUUCAGCAUGCAUGAUGGAACCAUUAGAGAUCUAGCUUUUAUGGAAGGACCUGAAAGUGGUGGUGCUAUUUUAAUAAGUGCUGGAGCUGGGGACUGUAAUAUUUAUACAACAGACUGCCAGCGAGGGCAAGGUCUUCAUGCUUUGAGUGGCCAUACUGGUCACAUUUUAGCACUUUAUACAUGGAGUGGAUGGAUGAUAGCAUCUGGAUCCCAAGAUAAGACCGUGAGAUUCUGGGAUCUCAGAGUACCCAGUUGUGUUCGGGUUGUUGGGACAACAUUUCAUGGAACUGGCAGUGCUGUGGCUUCAGUAGCUGUAGAUCCUAGUGGUCGUCUUUUAGCUACAGGCCAAGAGGACUCCAGUUGUAUGCUGUAUGAUAUACGUGGUGGGCGAAUGGUGCAGAGUUAUCAUCCUCAUUCCAGUGAUGUCCGUUCUGUUCGCUUCUCCCCUGGGGCUCAUUAUCUCCUCACAGGAUCUUACGAUAUGAAAAUAAAGGUGACCGACCUGCAAGGUGACCUUACCAAACAGCUUCCAACUAUGGUGGUCGGGGAGCAUAAGGACAAAGUGAUUCAAUGCAGGUGGCAUACACAAGAUCUUUCCUUCUUGUCAUCUUCUGCAGACAGAACUGUAAGGCUCUGGACGUACAACGGCUAAAGGGUAGUCUUAAAGGCAGCCUGUACAGAUAAAGCACAGACACAUAGGACUACAGGAACAUUCAAUUAGGCAUUAAAAAAGAGCAGCUUUUGACCAGAAAAGUGUCUCACAGAGAGGAGAUGCUUCCCACAGAUACCUUAUUGCUAGGAGGUGGUGGUGUGUUAUAGUAUUUUUCAGUGCUUUCCAUGUGAUCUCACGCUGCUAUGGCCUCUUGUAGUCUUGUUGCCGAAAUCUGUUGAAAGAGCUCUUGCAAUGUCAGCGUGCACUCAAAAAGUAAGACUAAUUAAUUAUGUGUUUACAGUUUUAAUGUUAAUUGCAUUCCCUGGUCUUUGCCUCAAUCACAAUUAUUUCUACAGAAACAAAAACUGAAUCAGAAUUCAGUCAAACUCACAUGCAAUAUCAUUAAGUCCUGAGAAAAUUAAAACAAACAAACUAGCUAUGUUGUGUUCCACGCUAUUGCUUACAUCCUGUCUUAAUUAGUGGUCAAUUUUCUUUUCCAUCAAAAUUUCAUGUUUUGCUUUUAGUAUCUAUAAUUAUGAACUCUGAAGGUGGUUAAGUAGCGGCUAACUCUUGAUCACAGUCCAAUUGUGUUGGUUUUUCAACUUGGAUGGUUUUACUAUUGGAUUAUGUUUAACAUUAAAGCUUUUGAUGGAAAAAAAAUUGGUGUGCUGAAGAGACAUUAACACUUUUGAAUGCAACAAAAUACCUCCCUGUAAUGUUUUGUAGCAAAGAAAGCACGCAAUUGGGUGUGAUUGGUACAGUGAUUUUAAUGAAAAUGGGCAUGAUCCCACAAAUCUUCAUGCAUACCUGUGGGAAGACUGUUUAUGUAGCUGGGGAGUUCUCUGACGUUUUUGCCAGACCUGAUUGCAUUGUGGAAGAUUUUAAUAUAUUUCAAACUGAAAAGUAGUUUUUUCUUCAGCAAUGUUAAUAACGGUUGUGAAAAUGUCAAAGAAACCUCUGUUUACAUGUGCCGUUUUCUCCUAUGUGUGCAGAUAACCACAAGAAUAUUAAACACAACAGCAUGGCUUGAAAUGCUAUGUCUGCAUGAUAAUGUAAAACAAAAUGAUUUCCCAGUUCAGAAGCUUAUUUGGAUUUUUAAUUUCUUGCACUGUCUAUAUAAUAGAGUUGCAAUUUUAUUUCUAAAUAUCUUUAGAGUAUUAUGUUUAUGUAUUGUUUUAUAUUUUCAUAUUGUACAGUUAUAUUGCUUUUAAAUUAAAUUUUUAAAUAUUUAGAUUAUUUAUUUGAAGUACAGUUACGGUUUGGCUCUAAUUAAUAAAUUCUGUGCACUGUAGCGAGAUCUUUUUAACUAUCGUAAAAAAGUUGAGGUUACUAUAGAAGUGUAUAUGUGCUUUAAACUCAAUAAAGACUUCGA